AUGUCUACUGGAAAUCUGAAGUGGCUAGUGGCACCAAAAGACCACGAGGCUCUGUCGAAUGAAGUCUCCUUUGGCAUGCCGUGGCUAAAGGGCCUCUAUCAACCAGGCCAGGCCUUUGUCAUCGAGGGGAAAGUCCGUACAUACCCGUUGGACUCCCGCGAGAUUGCAUUUUGGCCUGAUGGUUCCCUGAAGUGGACUGCACACUCUGUCGCCGGGGACAUUAGCUACUGCGACACUUAUUCAGUCAAGGGUGUCCCCAGUCCAGAGAAAAGAGAAGGCCUUGUUGUCGACGAGAGCUCCACGAAUAUUUGUGUAUCAACAAAGCUGGGCCUAAAACUAAACUUCUCAUCUCCAGGGAGCUCCUUCUUAUUUGACAACUUGUCACUGAACGGCCACUGCGUCUGCUCAGGCGCAACAAUUGUCGCCUCCAUUGACAAGAAGGAGUACUCCACAAAUGUCACAGAUGUGAGAGUUGAAAAUGUCACCACCGACAGGAUUGUUGUCAAAAUUUCCGGGAGUGUUAUUUCUGGUGGUCAGAAACAUCUGCCUUUUGACGCAAGAGUCUACGUGCACUCCGACGCCUCAACGCUGAGAAUUUCCCACUCCUUCAUUCAUGAUCUGGAAUGCGAAGAACCGUUAACGUCAUUGGGCAUUCGAUUCUCAGUUCCGUUGCAAGACGCCGAGCUCUACAAUAGACACAUUCGUCUAGGAGGCUCAGACGGAGGCAUCCUGAAGGAAGAGGUUCAAGGCCUUUCGGGCCUACGAUUUGGACCAACUGUUCAAAACAGACUUGACCAAACAGCAGGCAGGCCAGUGGGGCUAGAUGAACACGAAUGGGAGAAAACUGACCUUUCAAGAGGUCUGGCAACUAUUCCUUCCUGGAGCAACUAUUCCAUUUCUCAAUUGUCAUCCGAUGGGUACACCAUCAAGAAGCGAACCAAAAGUGGCUGCUCCUGGGUAAAGGUCACUGGAGGUAGCAGAGCCGAUGGAACCGCUUACAUUGGCUCAGCCAGGGAUGGCGGCUUGGCGAUUGGCAUGCCCGACUUUUGGGAACGCUACCCUACCCAGAUAGACUUGUCCGACUUGACGAAGGCUGAAGGGGCCAUUACCAUGUGGUUUUAUUCUCCUCUUGCUGAACCUCUCGACACAUCACCCUACCACGAUGGACUCGGAUUGGACUCCUACAGCAAACAACUGGAAGCACUUGAUGUGACUUAUGAGGACUACGAACCUGGGUUUGCCACUGCGAAUGGUAUUGCCAGAUCCAACGAGCUGUUCGUCAGGCCUUUUAUGGCUACACCAUCCAACCAAGAAUUGAGUCACUUCUCAUUCUUGGUUAGAGACCCCCCUCGAUUGGUUGCUACACCAGAGUAUAUGCACUCGACCGGAGUUUUUCAUGGGUGCUGGGCUCCGGACUUUCGAAACAUUGGCUACUCUCCAACGGAGAAGGAGUUGGCUAUCGAGAAAAAUCUCGACUUGCUAUUCAACUACUACCGUGGGCAAGUCGACCAGCACCGAUGGUAUGGAUUCUGGGAUUAUGGGGAUGUCCAACAUUCGUACGACCCGUAUCGACAUGCCUGGAGAUAUGACGUCGGCGGCUAUGCUUGGGAUAACUCGGAGCUGUCGACCGAUCUUUGGCUCUGGCUCUACUUUCUCCAUACCGGCAGAGCAGACGUGUUCAAAAUGGCCGCAGCCAUGACGAAGCAUACAUCCGAGGUCGACGUUUACCACUCGGGGAGGUUCAAAGGUUUUGGAACCCGCCACGGAGUUCAGCAUUUCAGUGAUAGCUCAAAGCAGCUUCGAAUAUCCAAUGUUCUCUACAGGCGCAUCUACUACUAUCUCACGGGUGACGAGCGCACCGGAGAUUUGAUUUCAGAGCUUCAGCAAUGUCAGAAUGCUCUUUUGGGACUUGACUCGCAUCGCAAGGUGCAGCUCCAUGCAGACAUUCCUGAAGGAUUUGCCAUGGCAAAUAUUGGCCUUGACUGUGGGCCUAUGGCCGCUUCUUGGCUUACUGCUUGGGAAAGGCGAACGAAAGGAUGGGAACGCUCUAGAGAUCUUCUAUUGAAGAUGUUGGAUGGCCUUUCCGGGCUGUCACAUGGCAUAGGGAACAAUGCUGUAUUGCUGAAUCCGAUGACAGCCGAAGUUCGCGAAUGCCCUCCUCCGACUCCAGAGUACGCCAUCUCACACUUGUCUAUGCUGUUUGGGUUCCCGCAAAUUUUCACCGAGUUACUGGACUACACCAGUGACAAGUACCCCGCAGUAGUGGAAAGCUUCCUGAAGAUAUGGCUGCCCUAUUGCAGAGCAUACAAUGGAGGCCCGGAGAUCCAGCUCAAGGAAUUUGGCUUCAAGUUCCCAGAUGGGCCUGGGAUGUGGAAACAGAGUCACUCAACCCUGACAGCCAUAGCAGCAGUGGAACUAAAAAGCAACCAACUAGGAAAGGCUGCAUGGGAUCAAUUCUUCCAAACUGAUGGAUACGAUGAGACUCAUGAGUGGCGUGUCAUGAAAGCUUCUCCUCCUGAGCACUUGACGAGUGGAGAAGAAGCACCCUGGAUUCUUACGAAUGAGACUGCUCAGUAUGGCGUUACUGCAAUCUUCAACUUGGCAAACAUUCGAGAAUACCUGGAUUAG